ACUUCACUCUUGAAUUAAUAGGUUUAUAAGCUUGCUUUUUAAGAUUCUUAGUGCAUUCCUGUAACGUUUUCACCCUUGAAGAUCUGUGUAUGUUCAGUUUGACCUCUAGGGUGAUGGAGAGGAGACAUUAAGUCCUCAGUAUACUAAAAAUCACUGACAUGACUUGAGAAUGCGAGUGGGACUUCAGUGCCCAGCUCAAACUCUUUAAGAUCUGAAGGCCUUGUAUCUCUUACCCCUAGAGGCAGGAUUCCUUGAUGAAGUAACAUAUGAAAGCAUUGUUCUUGGUCCUGGUUAUGACCGCCCUUACCAGUUCGACCCCACAGUGAGAGAGCCAAAGACAAUCCAGCUGUACAAGCACCUCAAUCUGAAGAGCUGCAUAUGGACCUUUGAUGCCUAUUACGACAUGACUGAAUUAAUUGAUGUCUGCGGAGGCUCUGUAACUGCUGAUUUCCAGGUACGGGACUCUGCUCAGUCCUUCUUAACAGUCCACGUUCCCCUUUAUGUGUCCUAUAUUUACGUGACAGCGCCAAGAGGUUGGGCUUCUCUUGAGCAUCACACAGAGAUGGAGUUCUCCUUUUUCUAUGACACUGUUCUCUGGAGGACAGGGAUUCAGACGGACAGUGUCCUCUCAGCCCGGUUGCAGAUAAUCAGGAUCUACAUCCGUGAGGAUGGCCGACUGGUUAUUGAGUUCAAGACCCAGGCCAAGUUCAGAGGUGAGAAUGAAUAUUAGUCCUGAUGAAGAAGGAGAGCACCAUGAGAAUGCAGCCCCAGUUUUGAAAGCGCAGGUAGUAGAACAAGCUAUGGCUAAGGUCAGUGUUCAUGAUCAGAGUAUUUCUGUCCAAGAGCUAAUUUGUUCUUCCUUUUACUAGCCUCUCAGCUUAGAAAUACUUCACAUUUUUCACUUUUAACUUCACAAACUUUACACCUAACGUCAGUGAUUGAGCUAGGACCCUCAUAAGCCCUUGUUGGUUUGGAUAUAAUUAUUUCCAUUAGAUUAAAAGCCUUUAUCUAGCAGCAGGUGUCUUACAUAGAGACUGCCUUUUCCAUUUUCUCUUGUCCUUGCCAAGGCAGGGUAGCUCCACGUCCUCUGCUGUUGGCUCACAUAGUUAUCACACAAUCACAAAAUGGCCCGGGUUGGAGAGGACCCCAAUGAUCAUGAAUCUCCCCCCCCCUGCC